UAUGGUAUAAACAUAUUCUAUACGCCAAAUACCAAGGGGAUAAAACAAGAAAAUUGUAGCUUACAAGUUAAGACACCUUUAAUUUAUAGUUUGAGUAUGGCGGCGGAACCAUCCAUCACGGCAAUACAGUUCGAGAACCUUGUCUUCCCGGCGGUGGUUACUCCUCCUGGCUCCUCUAAGUCUUAUUUCCUCGCCGGCGCAGGGGAGAGAGGAUUGACGAUUGAUGGAAAGUUCAUAAAGUUCACCGGAAUCGGAGUAUACUUGGAGGACAAAGCGGUGCCAUCACUCGCCGGAAAGUGGAAGGACAAGUCCUCCCAACAAUUGCUCCAAACCCUUCACUUCUACAGAGAUAUCAUUUCCGGGCCGUUUGAGAAACUGAUUAGAGGAUCGAAGAUCCUGGCACUGAGUGGAGUGGAGUAUUCAAGGAAGGUGAUGGAGAAUUGUGUGGCACACAUGAAAUCCGUUGGGACUUAUGGCGACGCAGAAGCUGCAGCCAUUCAACAAUUUGCUGAAGCCUUCAAGAACGUCAACUUCAAACCUGGUGCCUCCGUCUUCUACCGCCAAUCACCACUGGGACACUUGGGCCUUAGUUUCUCCGAAGAUGGCAACAUACCGGAAAAAGAGGCGGCGGUUAUUGAGAACAAGCCAUUGUCAUCGGCGGUGUUGGAGACCAUGAUUGGAGAGCACGCCGUUUCUCCUGAUUUGAAACGCAGCUUGGCUGCAAGAUUACCUGCCGUUUUGCAACAGGGUAUUAUCGUCACACCACCACAACAUAACUAAUUAAAUUAUAUAUAUUAAGCUUUUGCUCAAAUAAAAAUAAUUGAAAUGUUAAUCACCAUUUUAAUUAUUCUUGUAAUUUUUGCCAUCAGCCUCGCUUUUAAUUUAAUUCAUCUACCCCAGUUGUGUUCCUCCAAUUUUAGGAAAAUAAAACACUGUUCAGCUUGUUGACUGAAAAAUAAAUUGAAAGAGUUAUAGUUUAUUGUAGUUAA